AUGGUGAGCGUCAAAUUCCUCGCUGCGCUGUCAUGGCUGUCGGCCGCAGGGCAGCUUGUCCUCGCCGCGGAUAUUGACUGGGAAUCGAUCAAAAACAGCCGUGGCGACAAGCUUCCCGAUUUCAGCUACUGCGGCUAUCGUAGCUCAGACAAGUCGCUCCCAGGUUCUACCGCCGCAUCCGUUGUCGUCAAAGCCUCGUCGGGCGAUCGAACAAAAGAGAUCCAGGCUGCGCUUGACUCAACCGCUGCCAGCGGAGGAGGCGUUGUCGAGCUGGCAGCGGGGACGUUCCGCAUCUCCCCAGGCUUGAAUAUCUCGGCCAACACGCGGCUGAGAGGCUCGGGCGUUGAGUCCACGACUCUGGACGUCACAAAAUUGAAGAUAGCUGGACUUCCUCUACUGUCCAUGGGCAACGGCACAAACGGCCGCAUUAACCCUUCCUUUACUAGCAAGAUCACGGACAAGUACGUAGGCAUCGGUGCCAAGACUGUCACCGUGGAGGAUGGUAAGCAGUUCGCAAAAGGACAGACCGUCUUCAUUUCGCGGGCAGCUACAGAGAAGUGGGUUCGUCAAAACGGCAUGGCAGAUCUCGUCCGAGAUGGCGAGAAGCAAACUUGGGUGCCAGUUGGCAACUUGAUCCAGCAACCUCGCACUGUUCAAGCUGUGUCUGGCAACAAGCUCACCUUGGACAUCUCCCUUACCGACGCACUGGACCAGACGUACAUGGAGCCUUACGUAGCAGCUUAUGACUUGCCAGAGACAAAAUCAGAGAUCGGUAUCGAGGACCUGUCUAUCACACUAAGCCCGACAUGCGCCGGUAGGGUAUUCAACGAGUCAGAGCCGUGCAACGCUCCGGCCAUCCAGCUGAACCCUUGGACGGUGGACAGCUUUGUACGAAACGUCAACAUCACGGGCUUCAAUAACUGCAUCGACGUGCAAUACAACGUGAGCCGGAUCACAAUCGAGAACGCAAGCUUCUUUCGCGAUCGAGACACGGACAGACCUGGCGGCUACCCGACGGACAUCAACAUUUCUGGCACGCAGGUCCUCAUCAAGGACAGCGGCCAGUAUGGCCGUAAGACGGCUAAGGCGUUCACCGUCAUUACACAGGCCCGCGCUCCGGGGCCUAACGCCGUCCUACGCCAUCACGUACAAUCAGACCUCCAGGAACUCUACCCACAUCAACGUUGGGCUCACGGCUUCCUCGUAGAAAAUACCAAUGCCAAUGUCAUGUUCGUCAAUCGCGGCACCGCAGGAUCAGGUCAAGGAUGGCCCAUCAGUGCAGGAGUGGCCUGGAAUGUCAGAGGAGGCGUCAAUAUCUCAAGCCCUCCGCUUGGUAUCAACUGGGCAAUCGGUAGCACUGGGCCUGUUGAAUUGGUGUCGAAUGGAACUCUGGUAAGCAAUGGCACUGCUGUCACGCCGAAAAGCCUUUAUAAUGCACAGCGUCAAAAGAGAAAGGGAACAGCUUAA